CACAGCCUGCUCCUAUCCCUAAUUCUCCCACCUCGAAAGAAGGAGCACCCCGGGCACAGGAGUUGGGGCAGCAGUGUCAGCCCUAUAGUCAGCUGCCUUAAAAAGGAAAACCAGGGAUGCCAGGAUGAAGGAGUGGAACACCAAGCGAGGUACCAUCAUGACACAUCUGUGAAGAGGAAGGCCCAAGGCACCCAGAAGGAUGAAUCCUGGGACAUCAACCUCUUCUGCGAAGGAGACAGCAACAUUAGAACCUGGUUCUAAGUCAGUGCCUAAGACAGAUCAGACACCUGAGUCAGAGCAGACGCCCAGGACCCCGCCACAGCCUCACCCAGAGAAGACAGCCAAGCCAAGGACAAAGACUCUGCAGGAAUCCAGUGCCCGACAGGAGCCUCCUUCACAGCAAAGGACGUCCACCCAGCAGGAAGCCCUUGCUCAGCCUGAAGCCAAACCCCAGCAGCAACCUGGACCCCAACCAAAACCUACUGUACCACAGCAGGGACCUGCUGCCUCACAGGAGUCUACACAACCAUCACCUCCCAUCCAAAGGCUGUCCCUCACGCCACAGGAAGCCACCUCCCGGCAGGGACUCAGCCCAAGGAAAGAAUCAACAACUCCACGGAAAUCAGAAUUGAGAGAAGAUCGUGUAAUCAAGGCAGUAUUUGAACCGGUAGAGUUCCCCGCAGCCCAGCAUUCUAAACAUGCAUCCACAAAGGGCCCACCUGCCCAGGCUGAACCUGCAUCCCAAGACAGGCGCCAACUCCCAGAAUCUCUGGCUCAGCAAACAACUCCAGGGCAGGGAGCCAACUCCAAGCGGGAAUCUUUGACCGAGGACCAUUUCCCCAUGAGAAAUCCGCAAGAAACCCCCACAACACUGCAAGAGAUAUCCACACAGGCGCCUCCCCAAGAAUGGAAGACGUUUUUGGAGUGGGCCAUGGAUUCCGACUCAGAAUCAGAAGGCGGAUAUUCAGACACAGAUAUUCUAGGUGUGAGAGGUGAAGCCGGGGUGCAGGAAGACAUGCCAAUCUUCAAAGAGAAAUCUAGUCAGGAGGGGCUAUCAGGACAUGGCCGGCUGUUCUAUGGGAAGAAAGCCAGCCUCCUGAGUCACAGACACUACCGGGACACCGCCUCAAGGCUUGUACACAGCAUGGACCUGCACACAAUGACCCAGUCAUUGGUGACCGUGGCAGAAGACAAUAUGGCAUUCUUCUCCAGCCAAGGCCCUGGGGAAACAGCACGCCGACUGUCAGCCGUCUUUGCGGGCGUGCGGGAGCAGGCGCUGGGGCUGGAGCCAGCCCUAGCCCGCCUGCUCAGCGUAGCACACAUCUUCGACCUGGACGCAGAGACACCAGCCAAUGGUUUCCGCAGCCUGGUGCACACAGCCCGCUGCUGCCUGGCGCACCUGCUGCACAAAUCCCGCUAUGUGGCUUCCAACCGCCGCAGCAUCUUUUUCCGCACUGGGCACAACCUGGCCGAACUGGAGGCCUACCUGGCUGCCCUCACCCAGCUCCGCGCCCUGGCCUAUUACGCCCAGCGCCUGCUGGCUACCAACCAGCCAGGGGGGCUCUUCUUUGAGGGUGACGAAAGGCUCACUGCUGACUUCCUGAGCGAGUAUGUGACACUGCAUAAGGGCUGCUUCUAUGGCCGCUGCCUGGGCUUCCAGUUCACGCCCGCCAUCCGGCCCUUCCUGCAGACCAUCUCCAUUGGGUUGGUGUCCUUCGGGGAGCACUACAAGCGCAACGAGACGGGUCUCGGUGUGACUGCCAGCUCCCUCUUCACCAGCGGCCGCUUUGCCAUUGACCCGGAGCUGCGCGGGGCCGAGUUUGAGCGGAUCAUACAGAACCUGGAUGUGCACUUCUGGAAGGCCUUCUGGAACAUCACAGAGAUCGAGGUGCUCUCGUCUCUGGCCAACAUGGCAUCGGCUAACGUGAGAGUAAGCCGGCUGAUCAGCCUGCCACCCGAGCCCUUUAACAUGCCGCUGACCUCUGACCCCAAGCUCACGGUGACCAUCUCACCCCCCUCGGCCCACUCGGGUCCUGGGCCUGUCCUCGUCAGACUUAUCUCCUAUGACCUGCGGGAAGGACAGGACAGUGAGGAACUCAACAACCUGGUCAAGUCUGAGGGCCCACGGAGCCUGGAGCUGCGGUCCCGCUUGCAGCAGGCUCCCCGCUCCCGGUCGCUGGUGGUGCACAUCCAUGGUGGCGGCUUUGUGGCCCAGACCUCCAAAUCCCACGAGCCCUACCUCAAGAGCUGGGCCCAAGAGCUGGGCGUCCCCAUCCUCUCCAUCGACUACUCCCUGGCACCUGAGGCCCCCUUCCCUCGCGCCCUGGAGGAGUGCUUCUACGCCUACUGCUGGGCCAUCAAACACUGCGCCCUCCUCGGCUCAACAGGGGAGCGCAUCUGCCUCGCAGGGGACAGCGCCGGCGGCAACCUCUGCUUCACCGUGUCCCUCCGGGCAGCAGCCUAUGGCGUACGGGUGCCAGACGGCAUCAUGGCAGCCUACCCAGCCACACUGCUGCAGUCGGCCGCCUCCCCAUCCCGCCUGCUGAGCCUCAUGGACCCCCUGCUGCCGCUCACUGUGCUCUCCAAGUGUGUCAGCGCCUACGCUGGUGGACAGAUGGAGGAGCAGCCCGACUCGGAUCAGAAGGCGCUGGGCAUGAUGGGGCUCAUGCGGCGGGACACUGCCCUGUUGCUCAAAGAUCUCCGGAUGAGCGCCUCCUCGUGGCUCAACUCCUUCCUGGAGCUGAGUGGUCGCAAGACCCAGAAGAGCUCAGCACCUGUGCCAGAGCCCAUGCGCCGCAGUGUGUCCGACGCAGCCCUGGCCCAGCCUGAGGGCCCACUGGGCACAGACUCCCUCAAGAACCUGACAGUGAAGGACUUGAGCCUAAGGAGCAGCUCCGAGACCAGCAACAGCCCCGAGAUGUCGCUGUCAGCAGAGGCGCUGGGCCCCUCCUCACCCUCUGAUGUCAACUUCUUCUUGCGGCCUGAGGAUGGAGUCCAAGAGGCCGAGGCCAGGGAAGAGCAAAGCCCCAAGAACAGAGACCAGGGUGUCAGGGCCGCCUUCCCGGAAGGCUUCCACCCGCGGAUCUCCAGCCAGGGGCCCACGCAAAUGCCCUUCUACUCAUCACCCAUCGUCAAGAACCCCUUCAUGUCACCGCUGCUGGCGCCUGACAGCAUGCUCAGGACCCUGCCGCCCGUGCACAUCGUGGCCUGCGCGCUGGACCCCAUGCUGGACGACUCGGUCAUGUUCGCUCGGCGCCUGCGCUGCCUGGGCCAGCCGGUGACGCUGCGCGUGGUGGAGGACCUGCCACACGGCUUCCUGAGCCUGGCCGCGCUGUGCCGCGAGACACGCCAGGCCGCUGAGCUGUGCGUGGAGCGCAUCCGCCUCGUGCUUGGGCAGCCCACCGCAGCUGCACCCGCGCCUGCGUCCAUGCCCACCACACCACCGCUCUGAGUCAC